AGGCCCUGCUGCGCACACCUGAGCCCGGAAGCCUCGUCAAUUACAGGUGCAGGUGACAGUGUCAGUGUCAGCCCAGCCCUGCCGGGCCUCCGAGACUGAAGUGAGGGGCCGCAGCAGGGAGCCAUGGCUCACCUGAGGGACUUCACCAACCAGCACUCGCGUGUGGACCCCGAGGAGCUCUUCACCAAGCUGGAGCGCAUCGGGAAGGGCUCCUUCGGCGAGGUGUACAAGGGCAUCGACAACCGCUCCAAGGAGGUGGUGGCCAUCAAGAUCAUCGACCUGGAGGAGGCGGAGGACGAGAUCGAGGACAUCCAGCAGGAGAUCACGGUGCUGAGCCAGUGCGACAGCCCCUACAUCACCCGCUACUACGGCUCCUACCUGAAGGGCACCAAGCUGUGGAUCAUCAUGGAGUACUUGGGUGGCGGCUCAGCCCUGGAUCUGCUGAAGCCUGGACCGUUGGAGGAGACGUACAUCGCCACCAUCCUGAGGGAGAUCCUGAAGGGCCUGGACUACCUCCAUUCCGAAAGGAAGAUCCACCGAGACAUCAAAGCCGCCAACGUGCUGCUGUCGGAGCAGGGAGACGUGAAGCUGGCAGACUUCGGCGUGGCCGGGCAGCUCACCGACACCCAGAUCAAGAGGAACACGUUCGUGGGCACCCCAUUCUGGAUGGCACCCGAAGUCAUCAAGCAGUCGGCCUACGACUUCAAGGCCGACAUCUGGUCGCUGGGCAUCACGGCCAUCGAGCUGGCCAAGGGCGAGCCCCCCAACUCGGACCUUCAUCCCAUGAGGGUGCUCUUCCUGAUCCCCAAGAACAACCCCCCCACCCUGGAGGGCCACCACAGCAAACCAUUCAAGGAGUUUGUGGAGGCCUGUCUGAACAAGGACCCCCGCUUUAGGCCUGCGGCCAGGGAGCUGCUGAAACACAAGUUCAUCACCCGCUACACCAAGAAGACGUCCUUCCUCACCGAGCUCAUCGACCGCUACAAGCGCUGGAAGUCCGAGGGGCGGGGGGAGGACUCGAGCUCCGAGGAUUCGGACAUGUAG